CCCAACCCUCUUAACAAAUCUAAAGUAGAAUAGAAAGCAAGCCUAAGCCUUCACGCGCCAGAAUCAAAACCCAUUACCCAUUACCCAGCCAGAAUCAAAACGCAGCACGGCACUAACGGCUACAGCGAAAAAAAAAAAAGGCAGUCGGCGGAGGAAAGGAAGCUUGAGCCAGCAGCCAGGCAGUCGGAUGAUCUAGAUUAGAUCGGAGGAAAUGAAGCUUGAGCCAGGCAGCCAGGCCCAACAACAGUGGAGAGAGAAUGAGAGAGGCGGAGAGCAAGAGUUGAGAGAAAGAAAAAUGAGAAAGAGACGUUGUAGAAGAAGUAUUAGAGCCACAGCCAAUGCACCCAAAACCCAGAUGAGUCCUCCGGAAGCAUUGGUGGUUGCUAAGUUUUAUGCAAUCAUGGAUGUUGUUGCUGAUAGAGUGGAGAUGCAUAAGAAUAUUGGAGCACAACGUGACAACUGGAACCACCUGUUGCUAACAUCUAUAAAUUCAAUAACUCUGACUGCUGCAACCAUGGCUGGACUAGCAACAACUGGGGGCACUGGUGCACCUCUUGUGGCACUAAAGGUAUCUUCUACCCUGCUAUAUUUAUCAGCCACUGCCAUGUCAGUGGUGAUGAACAAGAUACAGCCUUCACAACUAGGUGAAGAACAGCGCAAUGCUGCUAGAUUAUUUAAGCAGCUUUAUAGAGAGAUGCAAACAACUAUGUCUCUCUACAAGGUGACUAAUAUAGAUGUGAUCAAUGAAGCAAUGGAGAAAGUUUUGGCAUUAGAUAAGGCAUACCCACUUCCUUUACUAGGUGCGAUGAUUGAGAAAUUUCCAAAAACUGUGGAACCUACAGUGUGGUGGCCUCCAAAAAGACACAGAAGAUUAGAGAGACUUGGUGAAGAAAUAGAUGGGAAUGGCUGGGAUGGAAAGUCAGAAGAGGAAAUGAGAGAGAUUGUUGAGGUUUUGAAGAGGAAGGAUGCGGCUGAGUACUUGAGGUUGAGUCAAAAAGCCUUGAAAGUUAACAAGAUCUUAGCAAUUUCUGGCCCUUUAUUGACUGGCCUUGCGGGUUUGGGGUCUAGUUUUUUGGGCACUACUCAUGGGGCAUGGGCUGUGAUGCUUGCAGUCAUUGCAGGAGUUUUGGCAAGCGUGGUAAACACAUUGGAGCAUGGAUGGCAAGUUGGGAUGGUGUUUGAGAUGUAUAGGAGCAAUGCUGGUUUCUUUAGGCUCAUGCAAGAGAUUAUAGAAUCAAAUAUAAGUUUGAGAGAAGUUGAGAGAAGAGAGAACGGGGAACUAUUUAAGAUAAAGGUGGCACUACAGCUUGGCAGGAGUCUUUCAGAACUCAAGCAUCUUGCUGCAUUAUCUUCUUCAAGAAAUGGGGAGGAGGCCAUUGAAGAGUUUGCAAGCAAGCUAUUCUGAUGAUAUAGUAGUUCAUUAAUUUAUUUGAAAAUUUUCUUUUUGGAGAGAAAAUUUACUGGAUAAUUAUGUGAUCUAAUCUUGUACAUAAUGCUACUCUUAAGUUUGGUAAACAUUAAAAUUAUUUGGUAGGUAUUAAAACUUAGUUGAAGUUACAUUUGGUGUAACGUUUGCCUCUGUGAUAAUCUAUGUACAUCUAAUU